AACGGUAAUAACGAUUGGCCCGCGAGAGUGAGAAGCACGCAGGGCAAGGGGGCAGGAAGGGGGCGGGAGGGGCAGCGGGGGCCGGGGGGGGGGACUUCAAAUAAAAUUCCUCCUCGUCCGCAGCUCAUGAGGACCUGAGACCAAGAGCCAACAGGUCCACAGAGACCAAACUGCGCCGAAUUCGGGGACUUACGCGCGCGUAAUGACGCUUCUACCGGUUGCUCACGAUUUCAGGACCGAAAUGACGUGCGCGGGACUGCACGUGCAUUUGAGUUGAAUCGUUUCCACCAGCUCCACAUCCUUGAAGGCACCAUGGAGAGCCGCAGCCUGCGUCCAUCAUCCUGCGCACCUUUCACGAGCUCCCCAGAGGUCACCGCGCGUUCCCAAAGAACUUCUCGCUUUUCUGACGACUCCUAGGACAUGCUGUGCUUCACCCACACAACUCACAUACACUUCAGACAGGUUUUCCAGUAACAAGUAGACAUGCAGUGCCGUGGUGUGUUGAGAGGCUCGGCCGGUCUGUCCGCGGUGCGCUCCUGCUUGCUGCUGUGCUUCAUCCACAUGAGCGCACCGGUGGAUGCGAGGAGAGCGACCGGGGGUCGGGCGCAAAGUCGGCGGAUUCAGCAGCAGCAGCCGCAGCCUCCUGCGAGCCGGGAGCGUGUGGACGGAGCAGAGAGCUUCCCGUUAGACUUUACAGCCGUGGAGGGAAACAUGGACAGCUUCAUGGUACAGAUAAAGAACUUGGCGCAGUCUCUGUACCCAUGCUCUGCGCAGAAGCUGGAUCAAGACAUGAAGUUGCACUUUUUGAAGAACGUAUCUGUGACUUGCAAUGACGGGUCACCUGCAGGGUACUACAUCAAGGAAUCAAAAGGCAGCAAGAGGUGGCUACUGUUCUUAGAAGGUGGAUGGUACUGUUUCAACAGACAGACCUGUGACAGCAGGUACGAGACGAUGAGGAGACUGAUGAGCUCCACCAAGUGGCCACAAACCAGAACAGGAACAGGAAUCAUGUCUCCUCAACCCGAGGAAAACCCUCACUGGUGGAACGCCAACAUGGUGUUCAUCCCGUACUGCUCCAGUGAUGUGUGGAGCGGAGCCACUCCGAAGACAGAGAACAGUGAUUAUGCGUUCAUGGGCUCUCUGAUCAUUAAGGAGGUGGUGAACGAGCUACUGACAAAAGGUCUGGACAACGCCAAGGUCCUGCUUCUGGCAGGGAGCAGUGCGGGCGGUACAGGCGUCCUCCUGAACGUGGAUCAUGUCGCAGAGCAGCUGGAGUCGCAGGGCCACCUAGGGGUGCAGGUCAGGGGUCUGGCUGACUCCGGGUGGUUCCUUGACAACAAACAGUUCAAAUUCACAGACUGUCUGGAUACCAUUAGCUGUGCCCCCACUGAGGCCAUAAAGAGAGGCAUCAGGUACUGGGGCAGCUUGGUGCCAGAGAGCUGCAGACAAGCUCAUGUGGGAGAGGAGUGGAACUGUUUCUUUGGAUAUAAAGUCUACCCCACCUUAAAAAGCCCGGUGUUUGUGGUGCAGUGGCUGUUUGACGAGGCCCAGCUGACAGUCGACAACAUCCAUCUGACUGGACAGCCCGUCCACGAGGGUCAGUGGAGGUACAUACAGAACCUGGGACAGGAGCUGAGGAGCACGCUACGUGACGUACCGGCGAUGUUUGCUCCGGCCUGUCUGUCACAUGAACUCAUCACUAGAACCUACUGGAUGGACAUCCAGGUGAAAGGCACCUCCCUGCCCAGAGCCAUCCACUGCUGGGACCGCAGCCUCCAGGUCAACAACCACAUCAACGGUAGCCGCAGCAUCAACCACCACCAAAAGCACAAGGCCCCACCCGCGAGGGGUUGUCCUCUCCAUUUGAUCGACAGCUGCCCGUGGCCUCACUGCAAUCCCUCCUGCCCGACCAUUCGAGACCAGCUGACGGGACAGGAGAUGAGUGUGAUCCAGUUCCUGAAGCACCUGGGCUUUGACGUGCAGAAGAUGGCCCAGCAGCAGGGGAUGGACCCCAGUACGCUACUGGGCAUGCUCAAUAACGGGAACUAAGGUGCAGCUAUAUUAGUGUGGUGUCAGCGGAGGACGACAGAACAUGACCUCGAAUGAGAAAACAUUGUCUUCUAACAACUAUAAACAAGACUCAGCCUCCGACAAACUGAACGACUCAAACACUGUGCAAGUGCCUGAUGAGUUUUAAAGACAUUGUUUAGUCAAAUACAAUCAAACCAGAACGUUUGAGCUGUUUAAAAACAAAACAUACGUGAUCACAUGCUCCUUGUUUUCACAUAUACUGUCUACUGUAGAUAUACUAUCAUUGUGGGGUGUACACAAAUACAACAAACGGUGGGUACAGUGUGUGUAUAUACAGUAAAUAUGUACCAUACAUUACGUAUGUUCAGGUGAGACCAUGACGGUGGUCGUCCGAGAUAGUUUUGAUGGGAAAGCACUGGAAUGAAACCACCUCCCAGUCUCUUUAGUGGGGAUUUGGUGCUCUCUUCUGUCAACUCUCAACUAUUACAAUCAGAAAUCCAUCUAUGGUGCUGCUGUUUCUACCCUCCACCAAAUAUGCUGCUUUUUCUCAUUUUUGGAAAAUAAUAAUUUAAUGGGUAAUAUUUACUAAUAAUAAUAAAAAAGGUACAAAGAUUAAGAUUAUUACUUUGUUCUUCAGGCUACUUUAAAGUUCCUGUAUAUUUAUUUUUCUACUGAAAUUACCUUUUAUACAUCUUAUAGUCAGACACAUAUUUUACUUUUUUAUUUGCAUGUUUGUGUAGAAAAUGAAUACAUGUAUGAUAACAGUAGGAAUGAGAUAUGUAUUUUUUAUCAGGCUGUUUGUAACAUACAUUUGUCUUGUGACCACACCUGACUUAAGCAGAAAUAAAUAAAAAUACAGGCUGACAUGAUAAAACAUAAUUUAAUUAGAAAAGUAUGAGUGGUAGUUGUCACCAAAAAAAAAAUGGAUUAACAAAAAGUAAUUUUCUCUAUCAUCAUAAUUGCACCCACAUCCAAAAUGUAUCUACAACAUACAGUACAAACUGAUAAAAUUAAAAGCAUUUAAAACAAA